AUGGGCUCCUCGUCGCCAACCCGCCCAUCAUCUUCCGAUUAUGAGAUAGGAUCUGAGCAUAUCGGCGAAGAUGAGAACGAAGCCCAUCGCACGAUACAGGAAAAGAUAGCUGUUAACUUGGCUAUUAACUUCCUUCGCUAUGUGUUACAGUUCUGUCUGGAACAAGACGAUGAUGAAGAGGAAAUUCGUGCGCGCACCAAGAGUAUGAGAGGUCAAGCGACUGUAGCCGGAGUAAACAACACAUUUGAGGAUGAUGCAGGCAUUGGCAGAUACAUUCGACAGGCUGAUAGCUGGGCAUUAGUGCAUCCAUACAUGGCCUUAAUUGAGGCGAAGAGGGCAAAGGACAUCCAUAUAGAUCCUCAAACAGGUCGAAGUAGCCCCGUGGUAUCGAACAAUACUAUAGCCCAAUAUCUUGGUGAAGCUGUGCUAGCCUGGCGAGCAAAUAGAGACGUCUUGGGUCAGAAGUUAGUACCACCACGCUAUACCUUGCUUUUUGCAAUCAACCCCACAUGCCUAUUUGCUGACGAAUUUGCAAUCAGCGUAUUUCUUAUUGCCGUCAGCAAUACGUUUAUGUCAUUUAUUCAUUUUAGUUUUGGUGCCGACUAUGACGAAUACCUCGACGCUACUACUAUAGAAGAUCAAAGACGCUUAGUUAACAACAAGAAGAAGGACACUUUCGUGCGCAUGCAUCGAACAAAAUGGUUCGACUUACGAAUGAGUGAAGGAAGAGAAAUAGCGAUGUGCCAUGUUUUGAUGCUGGUGUGGUGGCAUGCAACUCAAGACGCUGAUGUGGUGGCGUCAGACGCAGAUAUGUCAGACCCUAGCAGUGAUGAAACAAUGCAUUCUAACGACCAUGGCGAAUAUAAUGAUUCCGAUAAUGAUGACGACUACGAUAAUGAUGAUGACGUAUACAACGGUGGUAGCAGCUCUGAAUAA